AUGACAAAUUCAACGACAACAACAGGAUUGAUUAAUAUUCAAGAAUAUCCUAUGCAUGAACCACAAAAUGCUCAAGAACUUGUUAAUUUAGUAAAUAGAUAUUUUAUAUUAAAACCUCUGAUUAAUCAUCUUUUCUUUGAGGUUCAAAAUACCAUCUCACAAAUUCAAGAUAAAUUUGGACAAAUGAGUGAUUCAAUUAUGACAAGAAUUGAUGAUAUGGGUCGACGGAUUGAUGAUCUCGAACGUAAUAUUGCACAUAUAAUCUCGCAAACAAAUGCUGAAUUACCAUAA